GGAAAAGUGGGAAUGUCAUGGGAUUGGGACAAGUGGGAAUGUCACGGGAUUGGGAAAGUGGGAAUGUCACGGGAUUGGGAAAGGUGGGAAUGUCACGGGAUGGGGACAAGUGGGAAUGUCACGGGAUUGGGAAAAGUGGGAAUGUCACGGGAUUGGGAAAAGUGGGAAUGUCACGGGAUUGGGAAAGGUGGGAAUGUCACGGGAUGGGGACAAGUGGGAAUGUCACAGGAUUGGGAAACGUGGGAAUGUCACAGGAUUGGGAAAGGUGGGAAUGUCACGGGAUUGGGACAAGUGGGAAUGUCACGGGAUCGGGAAAAGUGGGAAUGUCACAGGAUUGGGACAAGUGGGAAUGUCACGGGAUUGGGGAAAGUGGGAAUGUCACGGGAUGGGGGACAGGAAAAGUGGGAAUGUCACAGGAUAGGGACAGGGAAAGUGGGAAUGUCACAGGAUGGGGACAGGAAAAGCGGGAAUGUCAUGGGAUGGGAACAGGAAAAGGGGGAAUGUUACGGGAUGGGGGACAGGAAAAAUGGGAAUGUCACGGGAUGGGGAAAGUGGGAAUGUCACGGGAUGGGGGACAGGAAAAGUGGGAAUGUCACAGGAUGGGGACAGGAAAAGUGGGAAUGUCAUGGGACUGGGGACAGGAAAAGUGGGAAUGUCAUAGGAUGGGGAAAGUGGGAAUGUCACGGGAUGGGGGACAGGAAAAGUGGAAAAUGCCCAGGACUGGAGACAGGAAAAGUGGGAAAGGGCAGGAUGGGAUUUGGGACAGAAAAGUGGGAAAGGCUUGGCACUGGGGAACGUAAAAGUGGGAAAAUCCUGGGACUGGAGACAGGAAAAGUGGGGAAACCACAAGACUGGGGAAUGGGAAAAGUGGGAAAGGCCGGGAUGGGACUGGGGACAGGAAAAGUGGGAAUGCCACCCCAAAUCCUGGCUGGCACGGGGAAAGGGGACAGAAAAUUCCACGGGCUGGGAAUUCCAAAGGGAUGGGAGAAAAUGGCAGAAGCUCCAUGGCAGUGACACCAACCCCAGUCUGGCUGUGUCCAGGACAUCCCAAAUCCCAGCUGGAUCAGGAAGAGGGAACACCCAAAUCUCUCAGGGUUGGGAAUUCCAAGGGUUGGGAAUUUGUGAGGAUGGGAAUUCCAAGGGGUUGGGAAACAAUGGCAACCCCAGAUCCUCCCCAUGACUGCAACACUAACCCUGCUCUGGCCACUCCUCACACCCAAAACAGUUUUUAUGGAAAAAACGCCUUUCCAGAGGCAGAAUUCCUCAGGAAAAGGGCAGAGUUCCAUGAGAAAACAGCAAGAAUCCCUCAGGAAGGGCUGGAAUUCCAUGGGAAAAGGCCAGAAUUCUAUGGCAAACAGCGGAAUUCCAUAGGAAGGGCCAGAAUUCCAUGGGGAAAGGUCAGAAUCCCUCAGGAAGGGCUGGGAUCAGGCAGGGCCAGGAUCCCCAGGGAUUGUGAGUGGCCAGGAUCCCUCGGGAAAAGCGAGAAUCACUUGGGAUCAGGCAGGGCCAGGAUCCCUCAGGAAGGGCCGGGAUCCCUGGGAUUGGGAGUGGCCAGGAUCCCCUGGGAUCAGGAGUGGCCAGGAUCUCCCAGGAUCAGGCAGGGCCGGGAUCCCCCAGGAAGGGCUGGAAUCCCUGGGGAUUGGGAAGGGCUGUGAUUUCUCAGGAAGGACCAGCUGCCCCGGGAUCAGGAAGGGCUGGGACCCCUCAGGAAGGGCCAGAUCCCCUGGGAUCAGGAAGGGCUGGGACCCCUCAGGAAGGGACAGAUACCCCGGGAUCAGGAAGGGCCAGAUCCCCCGGGAUGGGGCAGGGCCAGAUCCCCCGGGAUCAGGAAGGGCCGGAUCCCCCGGGACGGGGCAGGGCCGGAUCCCCCGGGGUCAGGAAGGGCCGGAUCCCCCGGGACGGGGCAGGGCCGGAUCCCCCGGGAUCAGGAAGGGCCGGAUCCCCCAGGGUCAGGAAGGGCCAGAUCCCCCGGGAUCAGGAAGGGCCGGAUCCCCCGGGACGGGGCAGGGCCGGAUCCCCCGGGGUCAGGAAGGGCCGGAUCCCCCGGGAUGGGGCAGGGCCAGCCCCAGG